CGAAUAUGAGGCUGUAUGCACCUACUGCUUUGCCUUUCCACAGAACCAUAAAUAAUAAAAAAAACAAAGUCAUGAACAUAGACAAUUCCCAUCACUCAAAGUUUUCAGAAGUGUUUCAUAGAUGGCAUUAGGUAUUUCGCGCCUUUUCGGGAAAUAUUCCCAGCCAGAGGUAGGUAGGUACCACGUGAACAGCGUCACCCAAUCAGCUGGUAAAUGUUGAGUCGCGCCGUUUUUCCUUCGCUGUGCAGUGCUUGUUGAUACCGUUAAAACGUUAAUAGAAUAACCUUCCUGUAAAUAUUACUGCAGUAUAAAUACUCGAUAUUCAUGUUAAAUGUUGUAUUAAUUAAAUAUUUUUAUUUUGGCGGCGUCUGACCUUCAAUCGUAGUUCAAAAAUAUGUCGCCAUUUUGACCAUACUUAUUUCAGUUGAGUAUUUUAUAUCAUUUGGUCGUCGAUAAGAUUCAUAAAACCUUCUAAAGUGAAUUAUUUAAAUGGAUACACUAUUGCAAGAAAUAUGGAGCAUAUGUCCCAGAAUAAUAGUACAAUAAAUUUCCUUAUUCAUGACGCUAAUGGACAACCUCAAAUGGUCAAAGUAGUUCCAAACAAAAUUAAUCAUCCACUAGCCCAAAUUAAAGUUGCACCAAAUUCUGUGAAAUAUAUCAAGAUACCUAAGGUGGAAUCAAACAAUCAGAGAUCUGUAUUUCGUGCCAUUAAGUUACCUGAUCUAUGUUCUUCAAAGCUUGUGCAAAUACCAGUUGAAACUUUAACACAGAUAAAUAAACCUGUUACUAUAAAAUCAGAGCCUUUAGAAGAAAAGCAGCAGUCUGUUGAUGAAUUUCAACUUGUUGAAGUAGUACCUGAACUAGUACCAUUACCAGUGAAACAAGAAUCUUUGGUGACUGGUGAUAGUAAUAAAAAGUCUAACAUAUCAACUGCCAUGUCACAUAACUCUAGAAGGAGACAUGAUUCUGAUAAUGACCAGCCUGCAGAAUACACAACAAAGAAACGCAAACAUGCUGACAAAGUUGGUAAAGGUUUAAGGCAUUUUUCUAUGAAAGUUUGUGAAAAAGUAAGAAAUAAAGGUUUCACUUCAUACAAUGAAGUAGCAGAUGAAUUAGUUUUGGAAUUUGCCACUGGAAUUCAUGGAUCUGCAGACAGUCAACAAUAUGACCAAAAGAAUAUAAGGAGAAGAGUAUAUGACGCGCUAAAUGUUCUUAUGGCUAUGAACAUAAUAUCUAAAGAAAAGAAAGAAAUACGUUGGCUUGGUUUGCCCACUAAUUCAGUCCAAGAGUGCACCACUUUAGAAAAAGAAAAACAGGAGAAGUUGGAACAAAUCCAAAAGAAAACACAACAGUUACAAGAACUGAUCUUACAGCAUAUAUCAUUUAAGAGUUUGAUAGAAAGGAAUAAAAAAGCAGAAAGAGAUGGAAAAAAGCCGUCACCAUCGUCAGCCAUCCAUCUCCCAUUUAUUGUUGUAAAUACUAGUGAUAAAGCUUUAAUAGACUGUAGCAUUUCUAAUGACAAAACAGAAUAUAUGUUUAACUUCAAUAAGAGGUUCCAAAUUCACGACGACAUAGACAUAUUAAAGAGAAUGGGCUUAUUAUUUGGUUUAGAUAAAGGUGAAUGUUCAGAGGAGGAUAUAAAGCAAGCUAUACAAAUGGCUCCAAAAUCCUUGGAAUACUAUGUAAAACAAAUGGCCAAAGGAGAGAUCACGAAGCUGUCGAGUCUUCUGGAGUCUCUCGACGAGAACGUAGAGGAGGAGGACGAGACUCUGGAGGGCGAGCAGGACGCGGAGCCCGAGGACGAGCCCGAAGACGCGGACGGCAACGACAACGACUACAGCGACGACAGCAGCGACGUCGACGUAUAAACCGAGGAACAGACAGAAAACACCGCGCCUUCUCGCACAGAGAAGACAGAAAAGACAUUCUACAAAACGUAUAAAAACGUCGCGUCGCAAAACAUAUAGAAAGGCACUACGCGGCAUCGACUACAUAGCCCCUGGACGCCUAAUAAUAGGCAAAGACAGAAAAGACUACAUAAAAACUUAUAAGAACGUCGCGUCGCAAAACAACUAGAAAAGACAGUGCGCGGCCACGACUACACAGCCCUAGACGCCUAAUGAUAGGCAAAAACAUAUAAAACGUAUAAAAGCGUCGCGUCGCAAAACACAGCCCCUAGACAAAUGAUCCCGCAGGAAAAUAUUUAAUCAGUGUCGACAACUUUUGUAACUGUACUUUUGUAGUACACGCAUUCAGAGUGCAAACAAAGUAAAAAUAAACCAAAUGGCUGCCUGUACUGUCAUUAUAUCGUUUACUUACAUUGUGACCUUGUAUCAGCCCAACAAAGCACAGUCCCUCUUCUUCGUCUUGCCUUGGGCAGUUGCCAGAAUGCAUUUAGUACUAAUAUAUAACGUUAUGCCUCUAGUGGCUGUUUAGUCGUUAGUGCACGGUCACGGUGCUUCUUCAUUUUCUAUGAAACUGCACGUGUCCGCACCCAGUCUGGGUCUUACGUCUUUUCUGUGGCUCCUAAGCAUACAGUGUAUGUAGACAGACCGUGGUUAAACUGCGAACUGGCUGAUAAUUUGAUAGUAAUAACACCAUCACAGACCGACCGUUUUAUUUAUCGGUCGUACUCAUAAAUAACUUAGAUUUAAAUGUUCUUACUUUCUUUGCAAUAACAUUAAUGAGAGCAUGUGACUUAAUAGAGCAUUAAAUUGAUAGAAGAAAUCAAGUUUCAUUUAAAAAUAACAUUUAAAGUGCUUGUAAUUAGUUCAAGUGUUUUAUUGGACUAGUUGAAUGAGUGCCCAAUAGAAAAUGACUGACAGAGUGACCCAUAGAAAAUUUUCUUGUCUGCGCAGGCCAUAAUAGGAAUUCACUUGUGCAGCCGUUUUGCAGUUAUCAUGGAUUCUGUUUGCAAUAAUUAAAAUGCGUACGUCGUCAUCCCACCAACAGCCCUUUUAUUUCAAACCAAUCUUAUAACCACUUGCCAAUUGUCCUAAUUUUAAAUGGAUAUAAGAAUUAUGUACUUGUUUAAAGUUACAAAUUAAAUGGUAAUAAAUAGUUAUAUGAAACAAAAAAAUAUUUUUUCAAAAUCAGUACAUUUUACUUUUUAUGAAAAAUUUAUUUUGUGCUUGAAAUAAUAUUUGCGAUUGCAUAAUAUAAUUGGAACACCUACAAUCACUCAUAUUAUAAUCUGAAAAAGUAUAUGUAUAAUUGUAAUACCAUGCAGUUCACAAUUUUUCUGUAGUGAUUCACAAGCUGACUAUAAAAGCACAGUAACCCAAGCAUGAAUAACUAGCGAGAAAGUAUUCGUAUCGUCGUAUCCAAUUUUCUCUGGACAAAGCUAGUUUGUUCUUACUCCGGUAGGGGCGCUGAUUAGUUUCCAUAGAAACUGACGUUGGCGAUGCGAUUUCGGAUUUUUCAAAGUUCGUGCUUAGGGUACUUGUUGCCAAUGCGAUAAAUUACUAUGUAAUUUUUUUAAUCCUUCAUUUUUUCGUUAUUUUGUAUUUUUUUUUUAUAUAUAAAUAUUAUGAAAUUGUUUUGAAACAGACUUAAUCGCUGUUGUAAGCUUAAGGCUCUAAAACUUAUCAAUGUUCAGAACUUAAUCUUCAAUAGCAGCCUGGAACAUCAUCGACACAAAAUACUAGGGAUUUUAACCAUAAUUUCCUUAAACUAGAAUCUAAAAACGUCACAAUGUAAAUCGAAAUAUUUUCUGAUGGAGUUAGUAGAAAUCGCUCGUCGCCGUUUAUUGACCCUGAUUUUGUUAGCAUAGCCCUUAUUUAUGAAUUAUUUUAACAAACUUAUUAAAAAGGAUUUUUGGUUAAAAUCCAUUGGGUAUCGCAAGCCAUCGAUGUAUAUUAAUACACUUAAAUGUUACGGCCUGCUAAACUUAUGCAAUGUGCUGUGAGAUGCUUGAUCUUUGGCCUAAGUUAAAUCAAUAAACUGAGAAUAAACUGAAUUAAAAUUUAAAGUGGAAAAGUACAGAAUUUGGCUUACUUUUUUCUUACAUUUAGUAAAUAUAGUAUUAGUAAAUACAGAUGAGCUCGAUGGGGCAAGUGGUUAGCGCGUUCGGCUGCGAUCUUUGAAAUUAAGUAACUUUCGCAUUGGUCGGUCAUUGGAUGGGUGACAAAAAAUUACUAUCUCGAGCUCCUCCAUGCUUCGGAAGGCAUGUUAAGUGCCCUUGGUCCCGGCUGCAUCUGCAAUCGUUAGCAUCCACCAAUCCGCACUGGGCCUGCGUGGUGGGUCAUGGCCUAAUCUCCCUAUUCCAUCCAUAGGGAAGGCCUGUGCCCCAACAGUGGGGACAUUAAUAGGCUGAUGAUGAUGAGCCAAGAAAAGAAGAAAUCAAUAAAAGAGCGACAUAAAAUGUUUCAAUUGAGUCACUUACAAUACAAAAUGAGCUGCUUUAUAAUAUUUGAGCAACCCCAUUUGUUUGAGUGACAACAUUGUCCUGCGUUUUAUAAUAUUUGACAUAUGAUUUAUAUACCUAUAUUGAGCUGUUUUUAAUGAAGUGUCUCCAAUACAAAUACCCUUUUUUAUUUUCUUUGAAAUAAUUAUUUGAAGAAAACUGUUAGUUGGUAAUUUAAUGAAGCAAUAUAUUCCGAAGAAAUAAUAUUAUCAUAACUGAAUUAAACAAAAACAAAUCCUGAUUUAACGUUACGAAACGCAAUUAGCAAAAAUCUGUAAAUCAGUCGCAUUUGAUUUGGAUUUUAUUAAAAAUCAAUGUUCAUCUUCAGAUUAAUUAUUUUGUCGCUUACUCAAUUUCAUACCUCUCAAGUUAGUAAAACAGUAUCUCAUCAUCAGUUGCAGUCUUUUUUAGUUCCUCUGUUUAUUAUUUCGUUUUUGACGUGACAACGUCUUAAAUUAGGUUGCGGCUGGGAGUCACUUAUGAAAAAGUGUAACGCUCGGUAACGUUACGAUGAGUUUAAGUUUACAUGUACAAUGUUUUAGUAAACAAAAUAUAUUUCUAUAGUUAAAAUUUGUGCAAUUCUUAUUUUCAUUCAAUUCCUUGUUCCUAUUGUGCAAUUUAAUUAUAUUCAUAUCAAUAAAUAUUCUACCGAGAAAAAGACGUUGUCACGUAAAAUCUUCGCCCGUAAAACCGACUUUACAGGCAACCAUUUUUUUUUAUUAACAUUGUUCUUUAUUAAGUUAAAAUAGAGGUGUAUCUUGAAACAAGAAAACUGCUUAUUUUAUUGUUACAUUUAUUAUAUUAAGCAUUAUUAAUAUAUGGGCCAAUAUCACAUCAUCGACUUUGAUCUCAUGUACUUUAAAACAUGUUAACAUCGGACAUCAAUGUUUUUUGUUUUCUAUUUCCUUGCCGUGCUGUGCCGCCAGUGAGCGCAGGUACUAAACGUGUUACGUACGGCCCAAUGAAAUGACGAAUUCAGUCGUUCCGUGCUUAUCACCUCUGAAUAUGUGCAUUACGUUGCAGAGAUAAAAGAGUUAAUUUGCUAUGUUAUUACAGUUUGAAAUUUUUUAAUUUACUAAUUCACACCCAAUAGUAACCGCCGUAAUCGGAAUUUAUAUUUUAUUUUGUUUAUGUGUGUUGGGUCACAGACGUACAUGUUUUUACCAAAUUUCAACAUGAUAAGUCCAGUAGACCCCAAGCAAAUCAACUGACAGACAGGCAACUGUGUGAUCCUAUAGGGUUCUGUUUUAGCCGAUUGAGCUAAUGGAACUCUUAAAAGGUAAAUAGCUGAGAUACAUAGUUAAAGUCUAGUUUAUGAACUGCUUUAGGUUAAAUUUAUACUGUGUUUUAGUUGGAUCUCUAGUCUUUACUGUUUAUUUUCUGGCGUCAAAUCUCAGUAUGACGCUUAUGCUUUGCUUGAGCACAAAUUUAAAGACUAGCUAUUGGCUGGGUUUCAUGGCUAUAUGAAGGGAUUUGUUUCUAUGCUUUUGUAACGGGUACAUUUCAUAAGUUUAGCAAUGUAAAGAUAGUUGGUUAUUAUUUGAUUAGCAUUAAAUUUAAGAUGCUGCACAUGAAAUUGUCGUUUUAAUAAUGUUUUAUGAAAUUGAAUGAAAUAUAUUGUUUUAUAAACAUUCAAAUUGGUAAUGAGCUGUUUCAUUAAGAAAAAAUAUCGUCAUUUUCGUCAAUCAUGCCAGAUUAACUACUACACAGAACAAAAAAUUGGGUACAAAAAUGGUAAACAUCACUAACUCCCAGUGCUGCCCUGUUGCACUUUUAGUUUUAUUCAUGAUACCACUCAAAUCCACUAAAAUAAAUGAAAUAAACUUUGUUAAGUAGACUUAAUUAUAAAUUAUAUUUAAUAAUAGUUUCACAUCACUGGACUUCUGUAAAUUUUUUGCCUAAUGUCUUCAAAUUUUACUUCAAAUCAUCAUCAUCAAAGAGGUCUUCAAAAUCUGAAAUUAAAAAAGAAAUGGUUUACUUACUUUACGAGUUGAUAUACUAAAUAACAACACCUAUUAGUUAUCUUUAUAUAUAUAAUUCUUCUGUGAGUGUGUAUGUCACUGAACUUCUCUUAAACGACUGGACCGAUUUUGAUGAAAUUUUUUGUGUGUGUUCAAGGUGAUCUGAGAAUGGUUUAGAUUCACAAUUUUGUCCGCUGGACAAUGUUUUUUUAAUUAAUUUUUUUUAUGGCGGUACGAAGUUCGCUGGGUCAGCUAGUUCUUUAUAUAAUUCAUGAGUUUGGAAACCAACCUAUCCAUAAAAAGGAUUUACUUUAUUUAUUCGCUGAUGGGAUUUUCUCAAGUAGAGUCUACAAUAUUUAAUAAUACCUAGAUGCACCACAAGUGCUCAAAAUGUGUCCUGAACAAUUUUGGAUCUGAGGAUGAGUAAUUAUUUAAAUUUCAAAAAGGAAUUUCAUGUAAAUACAAAUAAAUUCACUCCACCAUUAAAGAAGUCUGCAUGCACAGCCUUUUCAUUUGCAGCUAAAUCCAUGAGUAGAUUAGAUGGACCUCCAGCCUGAAAUUUAUCAAUACACAAUACAAAAACUUUUGCGUAUAAGGUUGCAACUUUUCAUGUUUUAUCUAAAAUCAUAACAAAAAUCAGUUUUGAAAAGAAUGAAGUGCAUAAAUUGCAUAACUCUACAAUAUCAUUGCAAUAAUUUCCAUUCUCUGCUCUAUAGAUUCAAGUUUUUGAAGUUAUACUUCUUCAGGCGCGUUAUGAAAAAAUGAUGAGAGUGAAAUUUUAAGAUGCGCGCGCAUCACUGUAACACAAAAUUUUAAAAUUUUGUGUUUACCGCACAUUAAGAAAAUCUACCAACAAAAUAGAAAUAGAAUCUCUAUUUAGUGGGUGCUAACGACUGCAUUGUGAAGGCCUAUCAAAAGUAUUUAUUAAUCUGGAACAACGGAACCAAAGCGCGAUUCAGGAGACUACAGCGCCAUCUCUUGACCAUUGGUGUAGUAGAACCAAAAACCACAUCUUUAUUUUUUGUAAUAAAGUAACAGUUAUAGGUAUUCAUAUUUAUAAUAUUUAUCCACAUGUUUCUAGUUUGUAUAUUCGGAAUACGUGUUUGAGUUUCAUACAAGUGCAAAUCACAUAUGUUCUAAUAAAUUAUAUUCAGUAGCGAUUUUAAUUGAAUAUUUUGAUUAUUUAUUUAUUUUUUCAAAUUAAAACUGAACUUUAUUGACUAUGUCCUUUUCCAGACUUUUUAUUAUUAUUAUUUUUUUUUCCUUUCUUAUUCUGUAUCAUGGCUAUCUGUUUUUAACAACAAUAAGCCCUGCUUUUGUCUGAUAAUGUAUCUUUAUUUUGUUUAAACGCGGUGAGCCUUUCCAAAUUGUUGGGUGACUUUCACUUCCUGUGGCAGAAUCUAUCUAAGAGUGAAGGGACACUAUGUCUUUUUAAUCUUGUGUGCUGUAGAGAUCCACAUCCACCUAGUUUUACGGCUAGUGCAUUCUUGUGUCUAGAUAAUCUCUCUUGAUAUUUUAUACUGUUGUUGGUGAUCUCUUCUUUGACGGUUUUUAUUUUUAAAUCAUGAUAAAUGUAUUUGUUGCUUAUAUAGUGUGGAAUAUUAAACAUUGCUCUCAGUGUUUUCGUUUGGAAUCUUUCAAGUAUUUCGAUAUUACUAUUGCUGGCUGUACCCCAUAGCUGUAUGCCGUAGGUCCAUAUUGGUUUCAAGAUGGCUUUGUAUGCUAUAAUUUUGCUUUCAGGAUCCAGUAUAAAUUACGCAGUUUUAUAUUCAGUUGCUUUCGUUUAGUCCAUAUGUGCUUUUGCCAUGUGAGUCUCCUGUCCAAGUGCAUACCUAGAUACUUUGCAUAUUCUUCCUGAGGGAUUUCUUCGCCAUUUAAUGUUACUGGAGAGCAAGUUUCUCUUCUGAGGGUAAAUGUGACAUGAGUUGACUUGCUUUGGUUAGCCUUUAUUCGCCAUAUUUUAAGCCAUUUCUCUAUUUCGUAGAGAUGUAAUUGAACCUGUGCAGCUGCUGUUACUGGAUUGGAAUGUGAGGAUAGAAUUGCGGUAUCAUCUGCGUAUGUAGCAACUAUCGUUUGAUCCGUGGUUGGUAGGUCAGCUGUAAAUAUAGUAUACAAUAUUGGUCCCAGUAUACUACCCUGGGGUAUACCCGAUUCUAUUUCAUACAAAGCUGAGAGAUCAGUAUUCACUUUCACUUCAAAGCAUCUGUCCUGGAGGUAUGACUUAAUUAUGUGGUAGAAUGAGUUCGGUAUCGUUUUUUUUAUUUUAUAGAGAAGACCCUCGUGCCAGACUUUGUCGAAAGCUUGACUUAUAUCCAAAAAUACAGCUGAACAAUACUGGUUACUAUCUAGCGCUCUGUUUAUAGUGUCCACAAUACGGUGUAUUUGUUCUACAGUACCAUGGUGCUCUCGAAACCCAAAUUGGUGGUUAGGGAUGGUGUCUUUAAGGUAAUCUUUUAUUCUGUUUAACAAAAUUCUUUCAAAAAGUUUUCCAGUGACUGACAAGAGACUUAUGGGUCUAUAGGAAGAGACAUCGUGCGGUGGUUUACCGGGUUUGGGUACCAUAACAACCUGUGCUAUCUUCCAGUGUGCAGGAAAAUAUGAGAGUCUGAGGCAGGCGUUAAAUAUCCUUACUAUUUGCACAAUCUCUUUUUUUGGUAAAUUUCUCAGAAGUUUUGCAUCUAUUAGAUCGUAUCCUGGAGAUUUUCCCUCUUUCAGCAUUUGUAUUUCUUUUAUUACUUCUUGGUGACUUGUUGACAUUAUCGGCGGACACAUUUGAAGUGCACUCUGGAGGUAUUCUUUUAUUUCAGUCCUAUGUUCUGCAGUUAUUUCUGGAAAUGGUUGAAAUACUUUACGGAGGUGUUCUGCAAAUAUUGUAGCUUUUUCUGCAUCUGAUCUAGCCCAAUCUCCUUGGGCUGUUCUAAUUGGUGGUAUCUGCGUUUGUGGACGGUUCAGGUUUUUAGUAGACUUCCAUAGAGAGUAGUUUGUAUCGAUAGUAGGAGUUAACCCAGAAAGGAAAGUUUGCAGAUUCUCGUUUUGGAAUGCAUAGAUCAUCUUUUUUAAUGUUUCAGAGGAUCUAUUAAAAGCUGUUCUGUCCGAUGGAUAUCUAGUCCUGUGCCAUAUUUUUCUGAGGUGCCGUCGUUGUGCUAUUAAGUCCUUGAUAGAUUUUGGAUAUUCGUUGUAUUUUGGUGGGAGUUUUUUCUUUGCUUUAGUUGCUGUUUUAGCUGCACUGUGUAUAAUUUUGUUCAGUUUGUCUAUUUCUGUCUCUAUGUCGUUUGUCGUUUGGAUUGUGGUGCUUAAAUUUAAUUCUGAGGUUAUUUUAUCUUUAAAUUCUUGCCAGUUUGUGUUUUUGUUGUAUAUUCUUAAGGGGGGUUCUUUGAGUACAACUGUUGAGUUAACGUUUAAUACGACAGGUGUGUGGUCAGAUGAUAAGUCAGAAUAGGCUUCUAUAGUCAUAUAAUUUCGGCCGAUGUUUUUAGUUACAUAAAAAUCCAGCAGGUCAGGUAUCUUAUUUCUAUCUGUUGGCCAAUAUGUUGGCUUACAGUGAGUCAUGCACUCUAAUUUAAGCGUUUGUACUGCUUGGUAAAGUUGUCUACCCCUAGGAGUGAUGAGACGAGAUCCCCAAUGGGUAUGUUUCGCAUUCCAGUCACCUCCACAUAUGUAUUUGUGUCCGAGUGUUGAGAAGUACUUAUUUAAGUCUGCUUCAGUUAUUGUGUGUCUAGGUGGACUGUAUACCGCAGAUAGUGUUAUAUCUGUUUUGUCUUUAAGUAGCAGUUUUAUAGUCGUCGCCUGAAUUUUUUCGCUUUGGUAUUCUUUCUGUACAUAAUGCUUAAGGUUCUCUUUGAUAAUUACUGCAGUUCCUCCGUGGCUGUUGCCUGACGGGUGAUUUGUGGUGUAGAUAUUGAAGUUUUUUAAUGAUAAAUGGGACUUGGCAGUGAACCUUGUUUCCGAUAUUAAUGCCACAUCGAUUUUUUCUGUUACUAGGAACGUAUAAAGUUCUUCACGACGUUCAGUCAAGCCAUUGGCAUUCCAUGUCAUAAUUUUGACGCUGCGGAUCAUUUUGACACUAGACUUGCAACCAGCUGGACCAUACGAUCCAUCAUUUUGUCCAUCAUGGCAAUCAUGACUUGUUGUAGAUUUGCGAACAUACUUUCUAGUAUUUCUGUUAGAUUAUUUGUGUUUGUUUGUCCAUUGUAAUUAAUUAUUUGCAUGCAAUUAAAAACUAAUUUUAAACGAUGCCAAAGAAGGAUAACUUCUCACGCGCCUACAUAAGUACACACACCUAUUUUUUUCUAUAAGGUCUGUUAUGUUGGUCAGGAAAUGAAAGAAGAUAAAGCACCAGUUGCUAAUUUUCAAUGAACAGUUCAUUUUCAUUGACAGACUGGGCAACAUGUCAUGACAGUUUCUGAAUAUCUCUAGCCCAGCAAAGCCAAAUCUGAUAUUUUUCAGGUGUGGCAAUUAAGUGAAGCUAUGUGCAUUUAACUGCUUGAUCUAAAGGAAAUUUGAUUAGAAUUCUAAUCUGUUAAGGUUUCAGCGAGGCUUUCAACAGGUACAAAAAUAUUUAGUAAAAAUAAAAUUAUUUAAGAAACCAUUACUGGAACAAGCGUAAUAUUAAAAGGACGGACUAUGCAGGGAAGGGUUAUGCACUACUAGGUGCAUAAUCCAUCCAUAUAAUGUUACGCUUGCACAUAUUUAUCACUAUAGGUUUAUAGCAAAAGAAUUAUUGAUCUUACAGAUGAUUACUACUUAUUGUGUAAUAUAUUCUUCAAUUAAUUUUACUAAAACCUUACUUCUUCCAAGUCCAUGUAUGGCCCUACUCCUUCUGGAAACAUUUCAUCAGCAGCUACAGUUGGUUUCAUUUUUUAAACUUUUAAUAAAUAAAGUUAUUUCAAUAACUUUUUGAAAUGCCGUAUAAUCACUGUUAAUUCGGAUAUUAUAAUACUAAUUUUAGGCAAGAAUUACGGACUGAAGUUUUUUUUUUAUUUUUUUUUAUUCCUU